AGUCAAGUGAAGUUCGACAUGUAGCACCAAUGAUGAGACUUUUGACGGUAAAACACCUGACAUGUCUGAUGGUGACUAUUUUAGUUUGUUGUUUGAUAGAUAGUGAUAGUGGCACCCCUAGCAACAGAAAGAUACCAAAGACUAGCAGGAGAAACUCUUUUAUAGCAGCUGUAUAUACAAAAAACAGCACUAGAUACAGUGCUACAGCGAACAAAAGAGAACUUUGUAGGUGGCUAAGAAGCUUUAAGCAUCAGAAGCUGCUGUGUCUGAAAAGGACAGGAUUGCCUGAAAUUAUUAGAGACUAUAGAAAGUUGACUGUGCUUUCUUGCAUAAAUCAUUUUAAAUAUGAACAGUGGCCAUGUUUACGUCAUAGAAAAUAUUUUCGAAAAAUAUAUCGAGAAACAUCUUUUAUGCACUCUUUGUCCGCGUCAGCUUUUAUGUAUCUGGUAGCGAAGGCUUGUGCUGCCGGAAAAUUAGAAAACUGUAAAUGUGCUAGUCAUGGAAAGUCUGAUAAUUCUUCUAAUUGGCAAUGGGGAGGUUGUGGAGAUAAUACCAAAUUCGCGAAAAAUCUAACAUAUAGAUUUUUUCAACUUAGGAGAAAAGGUGAUGUUAAUCAGAGCCUUUUUAGACAUAAUAGUGAAAUUGGAAUAAGGGUUGUGAUUAGAAAUGAAGAAAAAGUUUGCAAGUGUCACGGAUUAUCAGGCUCUUGCACAUAUAAAACCUGCUUUAAAAAAAUCCGUCCAUUCGAUACUAUAGUCAAAGAAUUAAAAAAUCACUACCACAACGCCAUCAAAGUUGAAUCGAGUAAUAACUACCAACUUAAAAAGAAAGGAAGCAGGAAAAAUUUAUUGUAUCUCGAGAAUAGUCCGAACUUUUGUCCAUCUACCGUUGGGAGGCGCUGUGAAGAUGUAGUUAACUGCGACACGUUAUGUUGUGGACGAGGAUUCUCUAGUAAGACGAGUAAAGUUAAAGAGACUUGCAAGUGUAGAUGGCGCAAUGAGAGUCUAUACCAAAUAACAUGUCAGCAAUGUGAAAGAGAUGAAAUUAUUUAUAUUUGCCAAUAAAAUUGUGAUUUUUGUCAGGUAUUAUACGAUAUUAAUAAAUAAUAAUUAUAUUUU